UCACCUGCGGGGCUGGGCGCGGAGGACGCACCCGGGCUGCGCGCUCUCGGGCCGAGGAGCCUGGACGCGCCCGGAGCCUCGCAAGCGGCCAAGCUCGGAGAGUCCCCUCCCUUCUGCCGGGCGAACCCGAGGGGCGCAGCUCUCCGCCUGGACAGAGCGGGCCGGCGGAGGCGUGGAGAGCGGCGAGCCAGCCGGCCCGAGAAACUCGAGCCGGGAACAAAGAGGGGUCGGGCUGCCCGUGCGUGUCGGCUCGCGCUGCGGGCUGAAGCGUUUGGGCCCAAGGCCCCUGCUGUGGCUCCCCGAGACCCCGCCGAGCUCUGCACCGCCGAUUCCCCGCGCUCCUCGGCACAAACUUUAUUCUUGGCAAACAACUUCUCUUUCUCUUCCCCUCCUCCUCCGCCCCCACCUUCUCCGCCUCCUCCUCCAGAUUAAAUGCUCCUCAAGGAGGAAAACCGAAGCGAAGGGGAAGGAAAGAAGCAGCUCUAAAACGGACAUCACUGGCCCAGGCGGCUUUUUUUUUUUUUUAAGCCCUUCAGGAAGUGGACAUUUCAUUAUCUUCUGAUUCUCCUCGCACCUUCUCCGCUGGGGUAAACGGAGCCUUUUUGCCCGGCUCCCCUCUCUUCUCUCGGAAACCAGACUGCUAAAUCGGCAUCCGAGGAAGCUACGGUGGAUAGGUUUGCGCGGAGACGCGCCCGCUAGCCUUUUCUCUGCACUUUGGGGAGUCGUGCUCCUUUCCGAGUCUGCGUCCUGGGCCCACAGACCCCGGUGGCGCGGGGGGCGCGGGGUAGCCGUCCGGGCCGGGGCAGGCUAGCCUAGCACGCGGCGCCGCACAGACGCCCCGGAGGCGCCAGCUGCAGCGGCUCUCGCCUUCCCGUGCCCUUCGGCCGUGGGGGCAGGCGCCGGCGCUGGUCUCGGCGAAGCGGGAAAGCGCAGGCGGCCGCGGAGGAUCCCGCCGCCGCAGCUGCUCAGGCUACCGGCCGGCGGCCCCGCGCUCGCCCGCCUCGCUUCCGCCCGCCGUCCUCCCUCCCGCACCCUCUCCCAACUCUCCCUCCCCCUUUCUGCGACCUGCGCGGACCCCUCCUCUCCGGCUGUCGCCGCGGGUGCUCCCGCAGAGGAGCGGAGAUUACUGAGCCGUCGGGAUGCCCCAGCUCUCCGGGGGAGGCGGCGGCGGCGGGGGGGACCCGGAACUCUGCGCCACGGACGAGAUGAUCCCCUUCAAGGACGAGGGCGAUCCCCAGAAGGAGAAGAUCUUUGCCGAGAUCAGUCACCCUGAAGAGGAAGGCGACUUGGCCGACAUCAAGUCCUCCUUAGUUAACGAGUCUGAGAUCAUCCCGGCCAGCAACGGACACGAGGUGGCCAGACAAGCUCAAGCCUCCCAGGAGUCCUACCACGACAAGGCCAGAGAACAUCCUGAUGAUGGGAAGCAUCCAGAUGGAGGCCUUUACAACAAGGGACCCUCCUACUCAAGUUAUUCUGGGUACAUAAUGAUGCCAAAUAUGAACAACGACCCAUACAUGUCAAAUGGAUCCCUUUCUCCACCCAUCCCGAGAACAUCAAACAAAGUGCCCGUGGUGCAGCCCUCCCAUGCAGUCCAUCCUCUCACCCCCCUCAUCACCUACAGCGACGAGCACUUUUCUCCAGGAACACACCCGUCACACAUCCCAUCAGAUGUCAACUCCAAACAAGGCAUGUCCAGACAUCCUGCAGCUCCUGACAUCCCUACCUUUUACCCCCUGUCUCCUGGUGGUGUUGGCCAGAUUACCCCACCUCUUGGCUGGCAAGGUCAGCCUGUAUAUCCCAUCUCGGGUGGAUUCAGGCAACCCUACCCGUCCUCACUGUCAGUCGACACUUCCAUGUCCAGGUUUUCCCAUCACAUGAUUCCUGGUCCUCCUGGUCCCCACACAACUGGCAUCCCUCAUCCAGCUAUUGUGACACCUCAGGUCAAACAGGAGCACCCCCACACUGACAGCGACCUAAUGCACGUGAAGCCUCAGCAUGAACAGAGAAAGGAGCAGGAGCCAAAAAGACCUCACAUUAAGAAGCCUCUGAACGCUUUUAUGUUAUACAUGAAAGAAAUGAGAGCAAAUGUCGUAGCUGAGUGUACUCUAAAAGAAAGUGCAGCUAUCAACCAGAUCCUAGGCAGAAGGUGGCAUGCCCUCUCCCGUGAGGAACAGGCUAAAUAUUAUGAAUUAGCACGGAAAGAAAGACAGCUACAUAUGCAGCUUUAUCCAGGCUGGUCCGCAAGAGACAAUUAUGGUAAGAAAAAGAAGAGGAAGAGAGAGAAACUACAGGAAUCUACAUCAGGUACAGGUCCAAGAAUGACAGCUGCCUACAUCUGAAACAUGGUGGAAAACGAAGCUCAUUCCCCACGUGCAAAGCCAAGGCAGCGACCCCAGGACCUCUUCUGGAAAUGGAAGCUUGUUGAAAACCCAGACUGUCUCCACGGCUUGCCCAGUCGACCCCAAAGGAGCAUUUGACACCAACUUCACCCUGAGGUCACUGCUGGAGACGCCGAUCCAUACAGACAAUCACUGCCAACUCCCCCCUCCACCCGCCCCCACUGUCUACUGCAAGAGCCCAGAUCCAAAAGAAAGCGUAAAACGGUUUUGUUCAAGGAAAUUAGAAAGCACACGAGACGCUAGCAGGCCCUGGGUCAGCCGAGCAGCUUCUCUCCCCUCACCUCUGCGUGCACUUCCCAGAGCGUUUUGCGUCCACACCUGUAACCUUUUGGCAAGGACAGUAGCUCGGCUGUAUUUGCCUGCCACGCGCAACUGGAGCCAGCAGCCGGCACACCCGCCGGCGUCGCCAGUGGAGGGAUUUGAGGAAGAGUUCCCUCUUCGUUCCUCUCUUCAUUUUCCUUUCUCUUCCUUUCUCCUAAAGCUUUUAUUUAACAGUGCAAAAAGGAUCAAUCUUAUGUUUGCUUGUUUUUUUUUUAAACUUGAAUUUUUUUUUAACUUACACUUUUUAGUUUUUGGUUUUGUUGUAUAUUUUGCUGGCUAUGAGCUUUAAAAAAUUCAAAGGUCUGGAAAAUUUUGAAAUAAAGCAAUGAAAAGCAGCCUCCUUCCGAGAGAGAGCUUAUCCAAACUCUGCCAGCUCCUCUGACCUGCCUGAUGAGCAGUGGCCUCUGUGGUCAGGUGUUCAGAGCUAAACAAAUGCAGUAGCCACAUCCACACCAUCAGGAGCAAUGGGCAGUCCUAUUUCAUUUUCCUUCCGAUUUUUUUUUUUAGUGGUUAACAGAUACUUUGAGCAGAGCGGUCUGCAGUGAAUUUUCAUUUCUUUUCCUUCUCACUCCCUUAUUGUAAAAAAGCCCAGCACUUGAAUUGUUAUUACUUUAAAUGUUCUGUAUUUGUAUCUGUUUUUAUUAGCCAAUUAGUGGGAUUUUAUGCCAGUUGUUAAAAUAAACAUUGAUGUACCCAUUUUUUUUUUUAAAUAGCAAGGCACAGCCUUUGCCCCAAACUGUCAUCUAACGUUUGUCAUUCCAGUUUGAGUUAACGUGCUGAGCAUUUUUUAAAAGAAGCUUUGUAAUAAAACAUUUGGAAAAAAAAAGGU